UUGGAGGAGGUAGGUUCAGGGUAAAAUUAAUUCCCUCAUUUACAAUUUAAAGGCAAGGGCACACGUGCAUGAGACUUGAACUACUUAGUGGGCAGGAGGAACCUCAGCAUUUCCCAUGCCAGCUGCCUGCCUGGGGCUGGGCCUCACAUGCCAUCUUAGUAACACUCCAGCCCUGGGCAGUAGUGACUGAAAGUUACCUCCAUUGGAGGACUCUUUUUUUUUGCCAAGGGUGACGUGAAUUUGGUGGAUCUCAAAUCAUUUCACAGCAUGGAAAGCAACCAUGUCACAACUGGCUGCUAUGUCCACACUAUCCCGGGCAGCAAUUGAUACAGCGGGGAUCGAUUUAUCGCAUCUAGUCUAGAUGAGGAUAAAUCGACCCGGAGUGCUUUCCUGUUGACUCCUGUACUCCAGCGCUGCGAAAGGCGCAGGCAGAGUUGAUGGAGGAGCUGUGAAGACACCACGCUUUCUAAACCUAGUGUAACAUUUCAAUGGCUACCCAGAUGACUGAUGGUCAUCGACGGUUCCUGCAGGUGCUGAUGUCUCAUGGAAUAAUGGAAGGAUCGGUGGCUAGAACGUUACACAGGGACUGCUGUGAAAUCCAUAAAGUCUACUAUGCUCAUGAUAAACUGGAUGACUUCAUCAAUGUUGUUAACAUCCAUCUGCAGCCUUUCUUUAUGCAGAUCCGGAAAGGAAUGUCUGAAGACGAUGGGAGAACAUAUUAUGCAUUGGUGAAUCUGGCAGAAACUGAAAUAACUAAGAUGGCAUCUGACUAUACAGAAAAUGAGUUAGAAUUGUUCAGAAAAACUAUGGAUGUGAUCAUCAUAUCAGAAAGUGGCUUUGCAUCUUCCACAGAUAUUUUAAACCUGGCUGACCAACUUAAAACAAAGAAAAUGAAGAAAAAGGAAGCAGAGCAAGUGCUGCAAAAUUUGGUGCAGGAUAAGUGGCUCUCUGAACGAGAUGGGGAGUACACGUUGCACACUCGCUGCAUAAUGGAGAUGGAGCAAUACAUCCUCAGCAACUACCAAGACUUGGUGAGGAAAUGUAACAUCUGUCACAGCCUCGCCAUCCAGAGUCAAGUAUGUGAAACCUGUGGAAUUGGAAUGCACUUGCCUUGUGCUGGAAAAUAUUUCAAAGCUCAGACGGAACCACACUGUCCCCACUGCAAUGAGUUUUGGCCACAUGAGAUUCCAGAAAUAAAUCGGCCAGAUUCCCAGUUGCCUUCAAGUGCCCCGAGGGAGAGGAGAAGAACCCCAUUCUCAGGAACAAGGCGGCGUUAGAAAGACCAGCUUCAGUUAGAGCAGCCAUUUUCUUUUGCUGUCUUACAGAUGCCCAAUUGCAGUUUACUUCCGCGUUGGUGUAAAAUGUGUCAUUCUGAAAGUAGGAAUGCCUAGGGAACAAAGUCAACUUUCUUUUUAUGGUUUGUUUUUACUCGGCUAAAAUCUUGCUAGAAGUUUGAAAAUAAAACUGUUGUGACUUUG